GCGUUAGGGGUGCACUCCUGGGGUUGAGUCGUGACCGGUCUGUUGUCAUCAAACCGGCGGACAAAAACCUUGGGAUCGUGGUACUGGAUAGGGACUGGUACGAGGGGGAGGCGCUGAGGCAGUUGGGGGACAGGGCAGUCUACGAGCCGGUUGCUGCGGUGCCGCUACGUUCCCUUUGGCAGCAGCUGUGUAGGUGGGCAGAGCAGGCGCGUUACGCAGGGGUUCCGCCACAGGUGCUGGACUACAUCUUGCAGCCGCGUACUCCGCCGACGGGGGUGUCUGCCGGGGUCUGGGAGCAGUUUCGGGUGUGCAGAUUUUACCUACUACCGAAACUGCACAAGACCCCGGUGGCUGGCAGACCCAUCUGCUCGUCUACGCUUUGGGUCUUUGAGCACGCGUCGGCGGUUCUUGAUCACCACCUCCGCCCCCUCCUACAGUUCUCACCCGCACACCUUCCUGACUCGCUCGCACUUCUUCACCAGCUUCAGGACCUCUCUGUGCCUGCUGACGCUCUCUUCCUCACUUACGACGUAGAGAGCCUCUACCCGUCGAUUCCUAUCGACGCAGGUAUCAGCUGCAUAGAGAGGUGGUGUUUCGGCUGGUAGGGUUGGGUAGGGUGGCGGUGCGGGUAGCAGACGCGUUGGUGCAGCUGUUGGGGUUAGUCAUGAGACAGAACCACCUCGAGUUUGGUGGUCGCUUCUGGCGACAGGUUCGGGGUACUGCCAUGGGCACGCCUGUGGCGGUGAUCUACGCGGUUCUGUUCAUGGCUUGGUUAGACGAGAGGCUGUUAGAGACCGAGCCAGAGUUGUCGCAGUUCGUCCUUCUCCACCGCAGGUUUAUAGACGACGGGGUGGUUAUUUGGACGGGUACACGUGAGCGGCUCCUGGACUGGGUGCGGGCUUUCGGUGGGUUGGAGCAGACUAUUCGAUUGACCCACGAGAUCUCGACCUCACACUUUACCUUGCUGGACAUUACGUUCAGCAAGGGGGAGCUUUGGCAGAGGACGGCUGUUCUGGACACUAGUACUUUCCAGAAGCCGCUUAACGUGUACCAGUACUUUCCUUUCUCCUCCGCGCACCCCUCUCACUGCAAGAGGGGCUUUAUUUUGGGAGAGUUGCAGCGGUACAUCCUGCGGGAGUCCAGCUUUAGGG